CACAUGCAGCUUUCUUGCAUGACAACGCAUUACACUCUAUCGCAAAGGCAGUAGUCCUGAAGAGUUGCGCUUCCGUGAGAAAGCCCCGUUCGGGGGCUGCACGAGUCGAGACUAUUCCCCAACUUGCAUGGCCAUUCGCGCGCAGUUUACACGCUCUUCCUUUUCACCGAGCUCUCUAGUCCACGUCCCAGACAUCCCUGUAAGACAUAUUGCCUUCGAACCGCUGCGCCUGCCAACUCAGAGCCCGAGCUCCGCCCCUUCCGAAGUCCCCUCGCCCAAGCAACGGCUCGCUCCCGCCCCUCAUCCGGCAGACGCGGCCGCUGCGCCUACCAAGGACUGCUCGCUUACGCGCCCAGCUUUAAACGCGGUAGCUUCCACCAUCUUCCAGCCCGCUAGCGCAGAUUCCAGCAGCACCAUGCAGCCCCAAGGCAGCCAGCAUCCGGGCGCCGCCGCUGCAGCGGCAGCCGCCCCGGCCGCCUCCUCAGAUGACUUGUACGGCGCCUACAAGGACGCAGACUCCGAGGCGGCUCUGGAGGCGGCGCGAGCGUUGUGGGCGCAAGUGAAGGAGGUGGAGAGCGUGGUGGUUACAGCUAUCGUGGACAACGAGACGGACGGGCUGUCAACCCCAUGUGCCUGCUGCGACCCGGCUUUGGAUCCAGACACACGCACGCCGUACGCAUCCGAGUUCACGGCAGGCAUCCAGCGCGUCAUGACCGGCGAGUGGCCCUGCCUGGACUUCUCGCGCUCCCUCAUGGCGGGUCACGGCCUGUCGCUGCUUAUCACCGCCACCGCCACAUCGCCCGCACCAGCGGCUGCCGUCAAGCCCGAUGGCGCCGACGGCGCCAACGGCGACGGCGAUGGCGCGGGGCAGCUGCGGCGUACGGCGCUGUUUGACGGCGGGCCGCGGCCGGACCUGUGGGCAAGCAACGCGGAGCGGCUGGGGGUGCAGCUGCGCGACGUGGGCGCGGCGGUGCUGAGCCACUGGCACGUGGACCACAGCGGCGGAUUCGCGGCCGUGGCCCAGGCCGCAUCCCAAUCGCGCGCCAACAGCGAGCCAGCGGCAGGCGGCACGGCAGCGCCUGGUGCGGCUGCGGCUCCGGCGCCGUUUGUGUUUGAUGUGCACCCCGACCGGCCGGCACGGCGCGGGGUGAUCAUGCCCAACGGCAAGGCCGUGCCUUUCAACGAGGACGUCAGCUGGGAGCAGCUGGGCUCUCCCGGGUGUGAGGUGCUGCGCCAGGCGUCGCCGCACACGCUGCUGGAUGGGCUGUUCUACGUGUCUGGGGCGGUGCCGCGCCGGUCGGCCUUCGAGGCGGGGCAGCCCGGACAUGGCACACUGGGCGCGGACGGCGUGUGGCGGCUCGACCCGCUCAUUAUGGACGAGCGCUACCUGGCCGUCAAAGUGCGGGGCCAGGGCGCUGUGGUGUUCACGGGCUGCAGUCAUGCGGGUGUGGUCAACGUGGUGGAGCACAUGACGCGUGUGUCGGGCGGCCGCGUGUUCGCGGUGGUGGGAGGCCUGCACCUGGCCAGUCGCCACAUGGAGGUGCGCAUCCCCGAGACCCUGGCCGCACUCAAGGCCCUGGAUCCGCACCUGAUCCUGGCGGGCCACUGCACAGGCUGGCGAGCCAAGGCCGCGCUGCUGGCUGCAUUCCCCGGACGCAUGCAACCACUCAGCGUGGGAGGUGUCUACAGCUUCCUGGCACCCAAGCAGCCAGAGGAGGAGCAGGAGCAGGAGUGACAUUUAGCUCUAUUCAAGAGGGGUUAACUGCUUCCGGGCGUGGUGUGGAUUGGGCGGAUCGGGGGAUGGUGGGUGGGAGGGUGAUGGGUCUGCAGGACCGUGUAACAGUGGAUCCUUGCUGGGCCCACAACCCCCAAGGCAACCCAAGGAGCCCGCAGGGCACCGCACAUGGUGCAACGGCACGCUACCCGACCAAGCUACGUUGAGAUUGCAUUGGUUACAAGAGGGACGUUGAGAACGUUUGCCGAGGUGUACCACACCUUCUGAUCUUUUCAAAGCGUCCGCCUUGGCGUCCGCUGAGAACGUUGGUUUCUUAGACUGUGAACGUUGGCAGGUGCAAUGGCCUUAGCAUCAGGAAACGGGGACACAAGUGCGUUGUUCGCUGAGUCGGGCGGUGUGACGUCGACAAUCUGGACAUGGAAGAUGCAUUCAAGAUG